UGUUUCGCCCGCCCCUGCCGGCCGCCCUCCCCUAUAUUAACCCACCGGCCCUCCUCUCCACUUCAACACAGCGUAACACAGCGGCUCCGAUCGCAACGAUCACCAAGCAAAGCAAGCUCUCGAGUACACCGAAGGAGGCAAAGAGAGAACCAGGCGGCGAGACCGGAGAAGAAGAAAAAACCAGCAGAUGGCAGGUGCGGCGAAGGCGUCUUGGAUGGUGGCGAUGAGCGUGGGCGCCGUGGAGGCGCUCAAGGACCAGGCGGGGCUCUGCCGCUGGAACUACGCGCUGCGGUCCGCCCACCGGAACGCCAAGGCCAACGUGCGCAGCUUCGCGCAGGCCCAGAAGAUGGCCCCGGCGGCGGCGGCGGAGCGGAGGCGGGCAGACAAGGCAGAGGAGGGGAUGAGGACCGUCAUGUACUUCAGCUGCUGGGGGCCGAACUGAGCUCGGCUUUCAGCGGCCUCUGUUUUGGUUUUCAGCGACUGAGCUCGGCUCAAAGCUUGGCCGGUUGCUCUGAAUGCCGCCUGAUUGUAACAUACUACGAUGAUGGUGAAAAGUUUCUGUCACUCGGUUUCAGUAUAUGAAUUCUACGCUACUGUGUACUGGAAUGGAAAUAAAAUUGCUCGAGUUCAUAACAA